CAGCAUGUGAUUUUAGAGCAGCAGUGUUUUUUUGGUUCGUGUGUUUUGAACUAUGGAAAGUGUGGUGCGAUCCCGAAUCCCAUCAGAGCAAAGCGAAAUUUUGGGAGUUGAGUCUCAACAAGGAGCGGCAGCGGAUGCAUUCACCAAAGCAUUCCUAAGGAAUUGCCUUCCCCAAAUGAAGGAUGAAGACAUUGAGGAAAUUAUGGUGCACAAGGCAGUGGUACUGGAAUAUAAAAGACCAAUGAAGAAGAAGGGAAAGACAAGAAAGGCCAAGGGACUGAAUGCCAAAGAAAGAAGACAGCUGAAAAUAUUCCAGCUCAAACCUGCACAUCAAAAAUAUGUACUCUUCUUGCCUCUGCAUGAGCUAUGGAAACAGUACAUUGUGGAUCUGUGUAAUGGAUUGAAACCAGGAAGCAACCCACAGAUGAUCCAGCAGAAGCUCUUGAAAGCUGAUUUCCAUGGUGCUGUCUUAACAGUUGUCAGAUCAAAAUGCCUCUCGUAUGUUGGUCUAACUGGCAUCCUGGUACAGGAACUGAAGCACGUCUUCAAAAUCAUUACAAAAGAGGACAAACUGAAAGUUAUCCCGAAGAGGAAUAGUGUGUUCAGUGUGGAGAUUGGUGAUUUCGUAACACACAUCUAUGGCAGCAAGUUUGAACUGCGCUCCAGUGAGCGGUCAGCAAAGAAAUUCAAAGUAAAAGGAACUAUUGACUUGUAAUGGGACAUUUUAAACAUCAUGUCAACUUUAACUGGACUCAUACUGGAGAAUUAAGAGAAGACAUUUAAUCAUUAUGUAUUUUUUAGCUUCCUCUUAUUGUUAUGACUCCUUUUUUUUAUGCUUUGAGCAGGUAUGAAACUAUAUGGGCCAUUUAGGAAAAGUAGUUGCUUUUGAUUGUCCACCAAGGAGAGCCUUUUUGGAGGAGAAGGGAGUAAGAAGGAAUUUUGACCUCUUCUUUUUUUUUUAUCAUACCUGUCAUUUCAUUUUUAUACAAGGUUCCCACAAACUGUUUAUUUAUGACCUUAUUCUAUCGUCAGGGGUAGGCAGCACUCCAAAUGCUACAAAAGUGCUUCUUCCUUAAAAACAUCUUCAAAACUCUUUUGUUAAUGUUAGAUGUGAUAGUAGAUCCACUCUAAGAAUGUUUAUAUUGUACAAUUAGUUCCUCAUAGUGCGAGGUAUUUAAGUAGGUUAUAUAAUGUUUAUUUUCAUACAACUUUAAAGGCAGAGUAAGUGAUUUCUGGUAGC